CCGAUUCAAAAUAAUGGCCGACUUCAGAUGUGACAUUUCUUUUCUUAUAACGUUUUUAAAUGUUUAAGAAGUAACGCUGAACAAAGCAUCAUUAGAAUGGAUAAAAGCUUGAAUAAGUGUAUUUUUUAAGAGAGACCUUCGCUGCAAAAGGCGCUUUUUUGCAGCCAAAAUGAGUGAUGUUGUGGAGAAAACGCUGACAGCUCUGCCGAGCCUGCUGUCUCUGGACCCCCAGCCUGGAUCUGCAAAGCUGUCCUCCACCUCCAAACUAGGACACCUGAUCAGGGGGAUCACCGAACUGACGUCCAAGCAUGAGGAGGAGAAACUUAUUCAGCGCGAACUAUCGUCCAUCAAAGAUCAGGUGUCCUCCCCCAACACCACGAUGAGGCAGAUGAAGGAGCUCAUGGUGAGAGCGAUAUACUGUGAAAUGUUGGGCUAUGAGUCUUCUUUCAGCUACAUUCAUGCCAUUAAACUGGCUCAGCAAGGGAACGUUCUGGAGAAGCGAGUCGGUUACCUUGCAGUUUCCUUGUUUCUGAAUGAAAGCCACGAGCUCCUACUUCUCCUGGUGAACACCGUUUUAAAGGAUCUCCAGAGCACAAACCUUAUUGAAGUGUGCAUGGCUCUCACUGUUGUCAGCCAGUUGUUCCCCAAAGAUAUGAUACCUGCAAUCCUCCCCCUGGUGGAGGAGAAACUCAAUCAUCCCAAAGAAAUCAUUCGACGAAAGGCGGUCCUGGCACUGCAUAAAUUCUACAUGAUAGCACCAAAUCAAGUUCAACACAUCCACAACAAGUUUCGUAAAGCCCUGUGUGACAAAGACCCCGGAGUGAUGUCGGCCUCGCUGCACAUCUACCUGCAGCUCAUCCAGGAGAACCCAGACGGCUAUAAGGACCUGACAGUAAGUUUUGUCACCAUACUAAAGCAGGUGUUGGGAGGAAAGUUGCCCAUGGAUUUCAACUACCACAGCGUUCCUGCUCCGUGGCUGCAGAUCCAACUCCUCAGAAUACUCUCCCUACUCGGGAAAAAUGACCAGAGCACAAGUGAGAUCAUGUACGAAGUCCUGGACGAGUCUUUGAGAAGAGCGGAGAUGAACCACAACAUCACUUAUGCAAUUUUAUAUGAGUGUGUUAAAUGUAUUUACACAAUUCAUCCUAAAUCUGAACUUCUGGAAAAAGCUGCCAAGUGCAUCGGCAACUUUGUUCUGUCACCCAAGAUGAAUCUGAAGUAUCUCGGCCUCAAGGCCCUCACCUACGUGGUCCAGCAGGAUCCAAAACUGGCCCUGCAGCACCAGAUGACCAUCAUCGAGUGUCUGGAUCACCCUGACGUCAUCAUCAAGCGGGAGACGCUGGAGCUGCUCUUUCGGAUCACUAACGGCCAGAAUGUCACAGUCAUCGUAGAAAAGAUGCUGGAUUUUCUCCGCCUCAGUAAAGACGAUCACACGACCACCGACCUGGUGGGGAAGGUGGCAGAACUUGCAGAAAAAUAUGCACCGGACAACGAAUGGUUCAUUGAAACUAUGAAUGAGGUGUUUUCAGUCGGUGGAGACACGAUGCAGCCGGACAUCCCAAACAGUUUUCUUAAAUUGCUCUCUGAGGGAUUUGACGGUGUGGAAGAGGACAGGAAGUUGAGGCUGUUUGCUGUGAAUUCCUACAUUUCCCUGCUGCGAGGAGAGCCCAGCAAGCUGCCACAGCGCUUCCUCCAGGUCAUCUGCUGGGCUCUUGGGGAGUACGCUCACUUGAAGGAGGAUCUUGAACCUGCUGCAGUCCUGAGGCUUCUGGCCAAACUGUUGGACAUGAAGAGCAACGCCGCCGAAACCAAGAGCUGGGUCCUCAUCGCCAUGACCAAGCUGUGUUCUGGUGCAGCGGCCGUCUCUGUGGCUCAGGACGUCUCCGAGGCGUACAGCGGCUCGCUCGAUACCUUACUGAGACAAAGAGCUCAGGAGCUGCAGUGCCUCAGCCAGGACUCUGACCUGCACGCCAGGGUGUUGCCCGGCAGUGGUCGCCUGGAGCCCGUGGAGGUGGAUUCCUCCCUGUCAUUUCUGGAUGGAUUUGUGUCGGAGGCUCUGGCUGCAGGCGCCGCUGCCUACAAACCACCUCAUCAAAGGCAGGAGGAGCUGACUCGAUCCAAGGCACUGAGCCUGGAGCCCUACGGCCUGUCCCUGCCCAUCAGCAUGUCCUCCAGCAGCAUCACAGACAGGCAGUCUCCCACACUGCUGUCCAUGAGCUCGGGUCUGUCCGGCAACAGCACCGACCUCUCGCACAGAGGAGGCUCGGCUACUCUGAAGCUGGACGGCGUGAAGAGGGUUUGGGGGCGAGAAGGCUAUCUGUCCCAGCGGGAGCCCGUGGAGGAGCCGGCCCGCGUGGAGACCCCCAGCCCGCUCCGGUCUCCCGGCCAGCAGGGAGACGGCGGCCCGAACAGCCAGACUCCGACACCGACUCCAACCCCUGAAUGUGACCAGGACAAACAGCAGCUGGCCUCCUCGCUCUUCGUCGGCGUUUCCUCCCAGAGCCCCGUGUGUCUGAUGGGGAAGUCCGAGCCGGCGCCGCAGCGAUUCAGACGCAAAGCCAAAGAUUCGGGGGCGUCCAUGACCGCAAGUGAGCGGGCCGUCAGCUCGGUGGCGUCGCCUUCUAGUUCUGUGGAUAACAUGCUGUGUACCGACCUGCUGGAGCCCGACUUCACCUCAGAACCGCCCGUUUCCUCGACUGAGCGGACACGUCGGCUCUCUCUGGGCCUCUCCGCCUCUAACGGUCCAUGUGAGGAAGAGGCAGAGCAACCUGAUGGUGGCGUGGUGGGAGGAAACCCCCCGAUCGACAGAGAUGAUCCUCGCCCACAAGACGACCCAGACGGGGACGCGUGCCUCACUUCUCACCUCCCCGACGAGCUCUCUGGACUUCCUCACUCGGAGAUCCUUCCCGUGUGUUCCAGCCAGUGCUUGAAUCUGUCCGCCUGCCACGUGCAGAAGGAAGAUGCCUUGGUGCUGGUUGUUUUCAUCUCCAACCCCGAUGAGGCUGCCGUUCGGCAGGUUUCAGCGCAGCUCCGAUCUGAAGAGCUUGAGGUAUCCUCCAUGUGUGAAAGUCCUCUAGAGGAAGUGAGCGGGAGCAGCGUAGCAGUUCGCCAGUACUCCCUGAAAGUGAGAAGCCCCUCUGUGCACUUUGAGCUGGGUGGGAUGGUGUCGUACCAGCCGUCUGCUGGGACGCCUCAGACCAUGCAGUUCUCGUACAAGCUUCCUCUGUCCAGCUUCAUCAGACCCCUGACGGUGUCUACAGAGGAGUACGGGACCAUGUGGCUGGCCUUCUCUCACGACACCAAGCAGAACCUGACCCUGAUGGGUGACGACCGGGAGCCUCUCGCCGCCACCCUGAACGCACUGAAGAGGAAGCUCCAGCUUCAUGUUGUGGAAAUAAUAGGUGUGGAGGGUAUUCUAGCCUGCUGCCUCCUCCGGGACCAGCCGUGUCUCAUGCACUGCCGCGUGCAUGCCGGCAUGCUGGCCGUGUGGCUGCGCUCGCCCAUCCCCGACCUGCCCGACUGCCUCCUGUACCACUGCCAGAGAGCCUUGCAGGAGCUCUGAGCCCCCCCCGCCCAGCAGCUACGUCAGCAGACUCACAACCGCUGAAGAGACGAGCGGACGGAGCCGCCAUCCAGGCGGUGGGAUCUGCUGCUGCGACUCCUGUGUCUCGUCGUUCCUCCCGCUGUACGUUGUGUUGCAGGCGUUGUUGCCGUGUGCAGGACUUCUUGUUUUUGACUGUUGAAUAGCAGGUUAUUGAAAACUGUUGAGAGAUAUGACGUGUAACCCCUCAGGGCUGAACCACUUCUACCCUGAGUAGAUGAGUAGAUCUCUGGAGGUAAACGUGAAGUACUUUUUUAUUUGAUUACAGACUUCAGCCUGUAGAAAGAUGUUCGGUCAUAACUUUUCAUUUCAGACAUGAGUUUUAAAAUCAGUAUUCAUCCAGUUUCUGAGGAUAGAAGAAUGUGGAUGCAAAAACUCUGUUAGACAGUUUUAUUUUUAUUUAUUAUCCUGUUUAAUUUAUUCAGACUUCAUGAUGAGAGUCAGACAACAAGAGGAUCAUCUUUACAUCUGGACUGAUUUUGUAUGAACAACAGUGUCACCUAAUCAUGAACUUUGGUACAAAUGACAUAUUUGUGAAAAUUGCCAAAAGUUAUCUUCACUAGCUGGUUUUAAGACUCUGCCUCAGAGUCACGCACACGUUUGGUUUUACUUUUUAUAUAUUUGUUUUCUCGUUAUGGGGAAAAAGUGAUGAAAUGUGGGAAAUCAUGAAAGGGACUCUGAUAAAUAGUGAUAAAAACCACUGAUGUGGUGCGGUGCAGCAGAAAUAAGGUUUACAGUCGUCUUUGUGUAAAAGUGCGUCACCAACACUAACAUGCUCCCGGUUCUUUGAUUCAUGGCAGUUUUAGUCUUAAAAACAGCAGCGGUACUCUGGCCCGUGCUGUCUUUGUCUUAAAGAAGCUUUGCAGAUGUGUGACAUGAUGAUCUAUGCAGAGCUCAGACGGAGCGCUCUCUCAUCAAUAUAUUUUCUUAUCAAUACAGUGUUGAAACAUAUUUAUUGAACUUGUAUCGUAAAUGUUUUGCAUUACUUUCAGAGACGGAGAAGAAGGAGCUUCGUCCUUGUUUGACUGCUCUGUGACGUUUUUGUUUUUGUGACGUGUCUCAGCCUGUUUUAGUCCGAAGGGGCAGUUCAGGGGGGUUCGUGGUUCUGAUGUUUGUAAAAGGAACAUUUUUACCUUCUGCCUUAUGUUCAAAUGCCAAGAUGGCGUGCUUGACUUGUGCCUGUGGUACAGAUACAGAGUCCCAGUUUCUUGGAGUGCCUGUCACUAAAUACUGGUAAAACAGAAUAAACUCAACUAUUGACCUGAAUUUGUCUCAUUAUUCCUUCAACUGAGGUCUUAAAUUCAGAUACACACAUGUGUAGGAAAGGUUGAUAACAUAAAAGUAGUUAAUUCCUUUUCAUGCUAAAUGCAGAUCCGUUCACUGUCAUCCCAACGUGAAGGUUCUCAGGGACACCUGGAGUCCGUCUCCCC